AUGAAAACCUUUACUUUAUGUUCAAAGCUCUUUACAUUUCUUCUUUUAAUUUGGAUAUUCCAUUGUUUUUACAAUAACGAUUUCAGUAGCUGUUUGAUUUAUAAAGAUAAGCUACAAAUGAAAAACAGGUUAAAAGAUGAAAGAAUGUUGGCAGAGGGUGGCAUAUUGGAAAAAAAACAAACUUGCAUUAAGGAAUGUUCAGAACAUUAUCCAUAUAGUGAAGGGGAGUUUUACCUUAUAGAGUAUGUUUAUUUAAUGUAUAUGUAUAUUAAAUGUUAUAACACUUUUAUUCUAUCAAGAUUUCAAGAACAUGAUUUUUUUAUAGAAGAAAAAGAAAUGAAAUAUAAAUGUAGAGAUAAAAUAUUGAAUGCUUAUCGAAAUAAUAUUUCAGCAGAAUUGCCAUUAGAAGAACUAUUACUUACUCAUUAA